UCAUAUUGCAUGUAGGUAUCUUCUUCGCAAUGUCUUACGUUGGUCCAGCCGUUGGAUAUAUGUUAGGAGGGCAACUAUUGACUCUUUACAUAGACUUUGACCAGGAAAAUGCCAUGCCACCGCCUGGUGGCGUUGCUGAUCCACGCUGGCUAGGUGCAUGGUGGGUAGGCCAUGUAGGAUGCAUAUGUCUGGCCUGGCUUCUGGUGCUGCCCAUCGCUGGCUACCCAAAGGAACUUCCAGGGACUGCCAAAAUCCGCGCAACCAAAGUGUCUGAAGCCCAUGCUUCUACUGUGAAGGCACCCCACCAUGGUAACGGCAUAAAAAGUUUCUUGUCUUCGCUGGCACUACUGGCUCGGAACCCCACCAUAGUGUUCACCACAGUUGCAGCGACCGGUCUCUACUUCAACCUUUCCGCACUUGGUACAUUCGCACCGAAGUUCAUGGAGAACCAGUUUUGGAUGACGCCGAGCAUGGCUUCGCUCAUAUUUGGGGCAAUCAUCCUAGUAGGCUGCAUAAUCGGCAGUCUCCUAUCGGGUCCUGUGAUGAAGUGGAAGCGAAUGGGUGUGACGGGGAACCUCAAGAUGUGUAUCGUCCUGACCGCCAUCUUGUUCCUCCUCAGUCCGGUGAUGCUGCUCAAGUGUGAGACUGUGGACAACAGUCCUUCGUCUCCGGUUGGAUCGUCGUGCAGUGUAGACUGCGCAUGCCCAGCUGUCUAUGACGUAGUAUGUGGCGCAGACGGGAAUGAGUACGUGUCGCCAUGCCAUGCUGGGUGUUCGUCAGAUCUUGGGGGUGACCCACAGAUGUUUGGGGAAUGCAGUUGUGUUUCACCUCAGCUAACUGCAGCAGUUACUAUGUUGGGUAAUCAAACAACAACAGGGGGAGGUAGUGUGACGUCAGGCCGCUGUGUGUCCGGUUGCUGGCAGAUGUACGUGUUAUUCUUUCUGAUGUUCCUGAUAAGUGUCUUCAUGUCGGCUCUGUCACCCCCAGCAUAUAUUAUUGCAUUCAGGUGUGUUCCUGAGCAUUUAUCUGCCUUCGCAGUCGGAACCCAGAUGGUGUUCGUUAGGCUGUUAGGGUCCAUCCCUUCUCCCAUCCUUAUAGGUGCCCUUUUUGACCUGACCUGUGAACUCCGGCAAGGUGAUGUAAGCGAUGACGCGUCACGUGACUCCCGCGGUGCAUGUUGGGUGUACGACCGCUCCACCAUUGGUUUGUAUUUCACGCUGUUGCUUGCUGGGACAUGUCUGAUUAUGGUCAUAUCUGUAGUGUUAGCUUUAUGCUACUAUAAGCCUAUAAACAAGGACGUAGAUGUGGGGAUGGAAACUAGUUCGAAUUCUGGCAGGAGAAGCUCACUUGCUGCUGUAGAGAACUUUGGUUUUGAGUCUGGUUAGGCCAUGUUGAUUAUAUGGAUGGCAUCCUAUGGGACUACCAAAACUGAUGCGAACGUGCGAAUAGAAAAAGUUUGGUAAAAAAAGUUGUAUUUAUUAUAAAAUCUGGAAGGCUGAACAAAUGCCAAACCCAGAGAUUUGGACACCGAACAAUAGAUUCUUCAUUUUUGUUUUCACAGUCUUCUUCUUUGACAUUGGAAUUGACGUUGGCAUUAGUGUAUGUUUCCGGAUAUAUUUUUCUUUCAAUCUAUGGUAUGUAUAUGCUCCUUUAACAGCUGCUUUGUAUGAUUUAAAGCAUGGUGGAAAGCUUUUAUUUCUGGAAACGGACGGCAGGUAAUUCGCGCGCGGAUGCCAUCCAUAUAAUUAAAUCAACAUGGCCUUAAUUGGAAAUGGAAACAGGACAUCGCCAUAAUGCAUAACUCACAGCAAUAUACUAACGGUAUGGUAUUAUCAAUAUCAUUAGUAUUGUUCGUUUUACUGUUCGUGUCACAACUAUAAUUAUCAUCAUAAUUAGGAUUACUAUAGAGUCCAUUCCAAGUCACCAUGCGGGUUUUUAGGUGAUAUUUGUAAUUAGUCUGAAUUAUUUUGAAUAAAAGAAUA